AUGGCGACGGCGCCGGAGCGUCUGUUCGCCCUGGAGCUGCUGGUGGAGCGCGUGCGGCUGGAAGGCCGGGGGCCGCCGGCCCCGCGGGGCUCCCGCCUGGCCGUGGCUUUCCACCCGCCGGAUCUGCCCCGGCUGUCGGUGGCGGCGCCCCCCGCGCCCUGCCCGCGGCCGGGCCUCUUCCCCUUCGGCCGGGGCAAGUCCUGCCUGGUCCGGCUGGGCCCCGCCGCCCUAGUGCGCCUGCUCGGCGGCGCGCCGCUCUGCGCGCUGCUCCUGGCGCCCCCUGCCGGCGCCGCCGCCGCCCCGCGCCUCCUGGGCGCCUGCCGCGUCUCCCUGGCGACGGCCCUCGGCGGCCACCGGGGCCGCUACGCCCUCCGCGACCACGCGGGGGCGCGCGUCGGGGACAUCGCCCUGGCCUUCCGCCUCACCGAGCUGGGCGUCUGCCCGCCGGGCCGCCUCCUCCGGGAAGCCCUCCCCCCGGCCUCCGACCCCCGGGACCAGCCGGCCCGGCCGGUGGACGCGGAGGAGCCCAAGCCGGAGGGAGGCGGCGGGCCCCGCCUGACCGGGGAUGCCCGGCCAGGGGUCGUGCAUCCCCCCCGCGGGAGGACCGGCCGGGAUCCGGAUGGGAUGGAGCAGGAGAUGGAGACCGACACGUUCCGCCCCCCUCCCCUGUUUUACACCCGUGCGGCCGGCGUCGACACCACGCCGACGGCUCGCCACGGCGGGCCCGGGAUGGCGGGAGAGGCCGAAGUCGGCCUUCGAGAAGAAGCGGUUCCGAGGCCCCCGACGCGGAACCAGGCCGGGGCCCCGGGGACCGCCGGCGAGGCGGCGGCGGGGGUCGGACCGCGACCGGCCCCAGGUCUCCGGCCCGACGGGCUCCGCCCCGACGGCCUCCGCCCCGACGGCCUCCGCCGCCUGCCUCUGCUCAGGGAGCUGUUGAGGGAGUUGGCUCUGCUGGACGGCCAACUUGGGGACGGCUCCCCUCGCCCGGCCUGGGUAGUUCAGGACGCGGCCACCGAGGCCCCAGAGUUUCCCGCCCGGCCCGCCGGUCGGCCGGUCCGACGAGGAAGGGAGAGGCCCCCCGGCCUUCCGCCCGAGAGGGAUGGGGGACGGGGCCAGGUGCCCACCGCGUCUCCCCUUCGGGCCGGGGAGGGGCCCGAGGACGGUACCCGUCCCGAGAAAGCUCGUGGCGCCCGGGGAGACGGACCCCCCGGGAAAAAGCCGGUGUUUGGGCUGACGAAAACCCUCAGGCUGCGCCUAGGUCAGGCCAAUCCAGAGGUGUUGCUCCUGCACGAGAGGAGAGAGCAGGCCAAGAAAAAACGGGUGGAGACUCUGAGAGGAAGAAAGUUUGGGUCCCCGGCACCCAGAGGGAAGCCCUUCCGGCCUGCGGAGGACAACUGGGAGCCAGUAGGCUCGUCGGGGCCGAUUGGAAACUCUGACCCGAUUCCCCCUUGGGGGGAGAGGGGUGGGACAUUAGCACCCAGUGAAGGGGAAGCGGACGGCCGCGGCCCUCCGAAAGGAGCGGAAGACCGGAGGAUAGAAGCUCAGACGGGGUCGAGCGGCGAGGGGGCAGAGGUAGCCAACAAAUCCUCCCCGCGGGGCGGUGCAAGCCGGACUCCUGGCGCUGUUCGGUCAGCCCCGGGGACGGACGCGGCGGCCCCACCCCCGGGCGCUUCCCCUCCGGACGCUGGCAUCCAGAGGGACACAAUAGUCCAGGAAGUUGGCGACGGGCCAAGCCAAGUCAAGGACCCGGGCUUCACCGGUCCCAGCCCCGAGGGAAACGGGCCAAGGGAAGCCAGCCCCUCGGAAAGGUAUUCCGAUGACUUCACCAGCUCCUGCUCUUCGGGAGCGCUCUCCAGUGCCGACGCGGGCGGCGGGGAGUCGGGAACCCUCCGUGUCUGUCCGGAACUGGAAGGAGCCAACCCGGAGUCCGCCGACGCGGAGGCCGAUUCCCAAGCCAGCGCCUCCGGGACGCCUGGGAAUACGUGUGGGAACGAGGGGACUUCCGCCCCUCUCCCGCCACUCUCUGCAGCCUCCUGGUCUCCCAGCUCCUCCGGAACGCCUCGGGUGGCGAGCUCUGCGGCCCCAAGCCCGGCCGCAGGGGUUGGGAGAUCCGGCCAGAGUGAUCCGUCGCCGAUCUGGGGCCGGGACGACGGGCGGGCGGCUGCACCGAGGGAGCACCGGAACACCGGAGCAGAGAGCCGUCGAGGCAUGCUAGGGUGUCAAGAGGCCACGCGGUGGGCUAGGGCUUUGGAGACGAGCCAGUCGCUAAGAUCUUCUCUAGUGAGCUCUUAUGUCCCAACAUCCAGCAUGUCUGAGGAGGAGGUCAGCGCCCCGGAUAGCCCCAGCUCCAUUCUCUCUGGAGAAGGGGUGGACAAGCUGGGCUCCCUCAUGCUGUCCAGUCAGUACAAGGACAUCCGGGAACUCGUAAUCGACAAGCUCCCUGGGUAUACGGUGUGAAAAUGCAAAGGUUCCAUUCUCUGCAAGGGGGACAUUUUUUACCACUAGGAGCACCCUCCAUGACUCUUGGGGCAAGUGAUCUGUAAGUCACAUAUAUGUUCUAAUUAUAAAAAUUUGAAAUCCA